AUGAAUCCACAUCAGUUGCGCGGCUAUCCAGAAUCCCAUCCGUACGACUACAACGUCCACUCAUCACCGUCCACGCCCAACAUGUACUCGCCAGUCUUCCGGCCAAUGUACCCGGCCUACCACUAUCCAGGCCGCUUCACAGUGGAGCCAGCACCAGCGGCAGCCGCCGACGAGGAGCACGUGGACCGCAUGGUCAUGUACGAGCAGGCACAGCGCUACCUCGGCCGCAUACAGUAUCUCGAGGAGGAGAUCAACCGCAAGAAGGAGACCAUCGACGGUCUGCAGUUCCAGCUGUCCAAGUACGAGCAGGAACGCCAGGACAAGAAGAAGCAGAGCCGCUAUUGGACGCCAGAGGAGCACCAUCGCUUCUUGGAGGCGCUCAGCAAGUUUGGCCAUCGCGAUGUCAAGUCCAUCGCGGCUUUUGUUGGCUCUCGUAACUCUACACAGGUGCGCACGCAUGCCCAGAAGUACUUUCUGCGCAUCGACCGCGAGCGUCAGCGCAAGUUGGAGAACAAGGACUCGGCAUUUGACAGAGACGACAAGAAUGACACUGACUGGCUCCUGGACUAUGACGAGGAUGGCGGCAGUCCCAACCUCUCGCCAACCAUGAUGGGUAGCAACCCAUUUGGCAAUAACAUUAGCAUUGGCGCCGGUGUUGGCGGUGGUGGUGGCGGCGUUGGCGCUGGAGGUGGCGGUGGAGGUAUCAGCUCCCCAAACAUCAAGAGAAAGCGCGAGCCCGUCUUCAUUACCGCGGCACAAGCCAAGAAUGCCCUCCUGUACAAAGAACAAGUGCUGGCUUCAUUGCCACCAACAUUUACCGCAGUUGACUAUGAUCACUUCUCAAGAGGAUUGAUAUCCUUCAUUGACCAAGAAGAUACACAUACUUUAUUUAAGCUGCUAAAGGAAAACUUUAUUCAAAGCCACUCAAUCGAGAUGAUUGAGAUGGUCUACAAGGCCUUCCAAGGUGCCGUCAACAAGAAGAAGGACGGUCCAUCACAUCAGAGUCCACUAUGUUCGCCAAGAGGCAACAACAAUAGUGGUAACAACAACAACAACACAAACAACAGCAAUAACUCAUCCACUUCCACCUCAACAUCCACAUCAAAUUCCAAUUCCAAUACUUCUUCUUCAACAACACAACAACAACAACAACAACAGCAACAACAAUCCAAUUUCCACGCCCAGGUGAAUGGCGUGACAUCCACCAACUCCAAUUACAACACACCCGAACCAACCUCACCGACUCACCUCUCGCGAUCACCAAGCUUUGGCAAGAAGACGCCGAGAGGCCCACCACCACUCAGUAUUAAGCACGAGCUGCUGCCGCAGCAGUGCUCGUCGCCAUCUUCGAUGUACAGUCCCAACCUGCCGGCCUACAUGACGGCUGGCUCGCCCCAGAUGAUGAUGGGUUCGCCAUUUGGCAACCUUUGGCCACCCAGACCGCCACCCUACGACUACCGCCGACUCGACCACAACGGUUCGAUGGUGAAUCCCUACUUUAGCAUGCACCAUCCAUCGCCAUUGAUGAUCAGUGAGAAUGCGCCUCAGCAGGUGCCGCCAGCGCCGAUCAACUCGGAUGACCCAUCGCCACAGAUGCAUCCGGGCGGCGGCUGGAUGUACCCUGGCCAGGGUGGCCAACAGAUGGAGGGCCAUCCCUCUGCACAAUGGAGCAUGAGCCAUCAGACGUCACCCUACCAUCAUCCAGGCAUGCAAUCGUCCAACAUGGGAGGACAUCCAAACAAUCAUCCAUCAAACCAUCCAUCAAACAUUGGAACCAGCGAGGAUUAG